UUUAGAGGGAAGGUGGGGAGGUUGAUGUCUGAAUCAACAUUGCAGAUUGCAGGACUUGCUCAAAGUUCAGCUUCUUUCUCUGCCCACUGCCCACGCAGUGCUCGACCCCUUGUUCAGUUUCCGUCUUUCCUAUACUUCAUUCUCUUAUUGUCAAAGUACUAUAUCACGCAGCACUAACCAUGAUGAUGCCACCGCACAACAACAACAACAAUCGCAGGCUGGAAUCGUUUGAAGAAGAACCCGAAGAUUUCACCAACGAAUGCGAUGAUGACAGCGUCGUGACAACCGAAGAAAUGCUGGGAAAGGAACGGGUCUCCAUUGCCACCAGCGAAAGCAAGGCCGUUUGGUAUUCUCGCCUCGCCUUGAUUGCUGUGUUGGUCUUGGUGGCGGCCAGUGUCAGCUUUGCCGUGUUUUAUACGAACCGCGCCAACGAACAGGAAGACUUUGAAACGCAGUAUCAAGAUCAUGCCCGAAAGAUUGUGUCGGCGUUCCAAUCCAACGCGGCCCGUCGACUAAAAGCCAUGGACUCGAUGGCCUUUGGAAUCUCGUCGUAUGCCGUGGAUACCAACUCCUCGUGGCCGAAUGUAACAAUUCCUGACUUUGAACAGCGCGCUCAGUUUUCGUUGGAUCUGGCCGAUGUCAUUUCGAUUACAUUGUUGCCCAUUGUGACCAACCAAACAAGACUGGGGUGGGAGGAAUACUCCUUUCAGAAUCAAGGAUGGCUCACCGAGGGAUUGGAGAUUCAAGCCAUUCAGGCACAGGCGGCAGAAGCAGCAGAUACCGCAGAUGAGGAAGAAUCUCUGGCUUUGCUAGAUGAAAUUGCCUCCAACAGCGAUGACUUGCAAAUCUCACCCAAAAUUAUCCGGAUUGAAGGCACCGGAUCGGUCAAUGAAACAGGCCCGGGUCCCUUUGUGCCUUGGUGGCAAUUCGCACCCGCCUUUCCCUUUAGCACAGUGGUCAACUACAACACACUCAGUCAUCCGACCCGCAUUCAUCAGCUUCAAACCAUCAUGAACACCUCACAAACCCUUGUCAGCAAAGCCUGGGAUUACCGGGAUACAGAAGAUCCAGAAACGGUGGGGCGCAAGGCCGUCCUGAACCUGUUCUUGAAUCGAUGGAGAGAAGGAGGCAGCAACUAUGAAGAUGGACCCGUGUCCGAUGUCUAUGUUCCCAUCUUUGAUCAGGUAGAUCCCCUGCAGGCACACAAGAAACAGAUGGUGGCAAUGCUAACAGCCUACGUAUACUGGCAAGUCUACUUUGAAAAUAUCCUCCCUGACAAUGCCGAAGGAAUCAUGGCCAUUUUGGAGAACCAGUGUGGGGGCGAUUUGCAUCAAUCCUUUACCUACCGCAUAAAUGGCAAAAAGGCAGAAUAUGUUGGACAGGGAGAUCUGCACGAUGCACGCUAUAAUCACUUGGAAAUAUCCACCGGAUACCCCGCCUUCUUGCAAGGGGCAGACGCAACACUCGACAACCUCAUGGACGGACAAUGCCUCUACAACGUCAGAGUAUACCCCUCGAGAGAGUUCCAAGACCGAUACACCACUGCCACUCCCUGGGUAUUCACUCUAAUCAUUGUGGCAGUCUUUCUCUUUACCUCCCUGGCAUUUGUGGCAUACGACAGGUUCGUCGAAGAGAGGCAGCGAGUCGUCAUGAAGACUGCAGUCCAGUCGACCGAGGUCGUAAACACUCUCUUCCCAGAGGCUGUCCGGAGCAGGCUCUAUGAAGAAAACGCAAAUCAGAACAACAGUAGUGGAAGUGGAGGCAAUAUGAAAGCGAUGAUGGGACAGGUAGCCUCGGGUGAAUUUGAUGAAGAGGGAAAUGUGAUUCCCACGUCAAUAACCCACAACUCGGCGAUUGCAGAUGUCUACGAAGAAUGCACUGUCCUUUUUGCAGACAUUGCCGGAUUCACAAAAUGGUCGGAUGGGAAAGAGCCAACGCAAGUCUUCCACCUCCUGGAAGCCGUCUAUGGUACCUUUGAUCGAACGGCUCGCAAAAGAAAUGUUUUCAAAAUUGAAACGAUCGGGGAUUGCUACCUUGCUGUCACGGGACUUCCCAAUCCUCAAAAGGACCACGCAAUGAUCAUGACAAAGUUUGCUGCAGAAUGCCUGACCAAAAUGAAUCAGCUGAUCCAUUCCAAGCUGGUGAACACUCUUGGGGAAGAUGUCACCAGUCUCCAAAUGCGGUUUGGGCUGAACAGUGGGAAAGUGACCGCUGGAGUUCUGAGAGGCGAGAGAGCAAGAUUCCAGCUCUUUGGAGACACAGUCAACACCGCCGCACGAAUGGAGUCCACGGGAAUCCCAGGCAAGAUUCAUGCCUCGAUGUCUACAGCCAAUUUGCUGAUGGCUGCAGGGAAGAGCAACUGGAUCCUAGCCCGCGAAGGUGGAGUUGAAGCCAAGGGGAAGGGAAUGCUCAAAACUUUCUGGCUACAGCCGAUUUUGGAUCGUCCAACAUCCGUCUCCACCUUCCAUACUGCCAGUUUGGACACCAGCAGUACCACACCUCCUUCUCCCGCUGUGCUGUUGGAUUUGGAGCAGGGGCGAGAGGGUGUCAAUAGCCUGGCCAGUCGGCACGAUCAAGACUCUCUUACCACAUGUCAUACCGGCCAAAACCACGAGCCGGAUCGCUGGACAUGGGGCGAGACAAUCUCUCAGGAACUUGGGGUCAGAACCGAUAUUGAGAUCUAGAUCUGUCUAGCUACCAGUACACCGAGGAAGGCCACCAGUGUCACCAUUGUAUGAUGUACGUGAUAGUGAAAAUGGGAGCUCCAUCAACCAGGAAGAAGGCAUAGGGAAGAGUCUCAUUGUGGGCAGGAUGUGACUACGAGAGUGCGAUCAAUGAUUGGAGCAUCCAAUGAGCCAAAGAAAUAAGGGGGAACGCAAGGAGACGAUCUGAAAGAAUGCCAUUGCAAAUCACGAUGUUCUGCGUACUCAUGACGAUGAUUGAUUUGGGCAGAGCCCUCCGAUACCAGCAUUUGUACAACUGCAUAAUUCCCAUAUAAUAUAUUCCAGUGUCAACACGUGUAGUCCGUCGGGACAGUCAUCCUCGCAUCUCUGUUCCCGUUGUAGCCACUGCAGCCUGAGACCAAUGCAUGGGUGUUCUGCAUGAUGCUGAUUGUUAAGGCUUAUGUGUAGAUACUAGCUAGUGUUGUUUCGUGUGUUGUGGUCUGGCAAAACAAGUGUAACUCAUUUUUCUUGCUAAUUUUUGCAUCCCGCCGAGAGACGUGUAUCCAUUCCUGUGACAGGAUUUUCUCCCUUGAGAGUUGGGUUCUUGCAAAGGAAUCGGAUAUCAAAGUCUCCAAUGUAGGCUUCGGAAAAGUCAGUGUUUUCGACAUUGGCAUCUUCAAAGGAUGUUCCAGUCAAUACUGCAUUCGUGAAAAUGGUUCCCUUGAGUGAGGAUCCCUUGAAACUGGCUCGAUCGACAAUGGCAUUGGUGAAGUCAGCUCCAUCAAAGUUGCUCUCAUGGAGGUACGCCUUGCUAAAGUAUGCUUCUUUGAAAUUGGACCCCGAGACGUCGGUACCAGUCAUGAUUACGCCGGAAAGAUCGAAACCGGGGGCCUUGGAAUUGGGCAGGGAACAUUGGCGCAAAUCAUAAAGUUUGUCGCGUGCUGCAUUGGCUUGUCCAAUCGAGCUGCUGCUAAAGGAGCAACGAGACUUGUCGUUAACAUCAAUAGGAGGAAGCUUGAAUUUUGUAGUUUGACCUGAAAUGGGCGAAGGACGAGUGAGGAACGAAAAAGGAAGAACAUGCUUUGCCAGCGAUUGGUGAUGCCAGCAGUCUAUUCAUUCUGGUUUCCAAAGAUGGGUAGCAUCUUACCGUCUGCAGCCGCUGGCAGUGGAUUCAUAAGCAUUGAAAAUCCCAAAAGUGCCGAAAAAGCAAGUCCUUUCACAAAGUCUCCCGUUGCGACACUGCUUUCAUCAUUCGAAGCCUGGACUGACACUGUUUGUUUUCUGGCAACAUUUUGUUGAGGAGCAAAUCCCUCAGCAAAUGACAAGGCCAUCAAGGCGAAGAGGGCAAGAGGUCGAGAAGUCUUCAUGGUGGAUUGUUGAUAGAUAGCUAGACGGCAAUACAGAUAGUUGUGACAGAUGCAAAGAAUCUCUGUAAGUUAGGUGUGAAUCAUCGGUUGUUGUGAGCUCCAGACGCCAUGGUCGUGACGCAGAAAGAUUCAUUCGAUUGUUUUUGGAUGGCAUUUUUCUUUUUGGAUCCAAAAAGGGCUGACGUCAGUGCGAGCAAAACAACGAGUACACUUGUGUGUACCAAACUCCACGCCGUGGAAACUAAAAUAGAGAGCAACAUCGGUGGUGGUGCAAUUACUAAUAACAGUGGCUAGCUACUAGUAGUGGAGCACUGCAAAAACUGAGACCAUUUAUUUCUUUCGUUUAGACUUUGUCUUUCGCUGCCUUGUCUUCUUGUUGUCUCGAAAUCCCUUCAGGCUAAGCUUGGUAGGUUUGGCCUUCUUCUCUCCAGUGCCAGCGCGACUAUUAGAGUAGAAUUGGGUUGGCCUCUCCCCUGCGUUGGCUUUCUCCAUUGCUUCUGACAUUUGUUCUGGUGUCAUUGGUUGCUCUCCACUAGCUGCUUGCUCAAACAUGCUCGUGGCAAGUUGCUCUUGCCUCAUUUGAUCCUGUAAUACCUGCUUUUCGCGCUCGACCAUUUCAUCAUAAGAGGCUGAAAUACCG